AUGCAGCAGCUUAAAGCUAUAGCUUUUGGCUUUUGUGAUUCUGGAAAAUUCACGCACUUUCACUGCAGCACUUCUUUAUUUCUGCAGCAAACAAAUUUGCAGGGUGAGGUCGGGUCCGUGUCUAAGAAAGAUUUCCAAUAUAUCCUUGGUGAGCUAGGUGAUAUUCGUGAUAAAGCAAUUGUGGAUGAGAUCUUCGCAGAAGCAGAUGUGGAUGGAGAUGGUGUACUGGAUUACGAUGAAUUUACGUUCAUGGUGCGAAAUUACAUGUUGGAUGAAGAUCUUGCUACCUGCAAAUGUCCGUGA